UCAUCCUCGUCAGAACUCGUGGGAGGGCUCACGAUAAAUUCCUACUACGGAGUGCUUCUGCUCUGUCAUUUCUGUCCACGAGAAUUCAAGUCUGCUGGUCCGACGUGCACCUAUUUCUAAACAUCAGAAAGAUGGAUGUUGAAAAUCUUACUCAACAUGUUCAACAAGAUACAGAGGUCACACCAGGCCCGUUAUUAGAGACUACAACCUGGCGAAUUAAUGGGACUGGGAUAAGUCGAAAUAAAUUCCACCAACCUGUCUGGCAGGUAGCUCUGUGGUCCAUUGCCUACUCCUUCAUCAUUCUGGUCUCUGUGACUGGGAACGUCACUGUCAUUUGGAUCAUUUUGGCGCACAGGCGCAUGAGGACAGUGACCAACUACUUCAUUGUCAACCUGGCCUUCUCUGACGUUUUUAUGGCAACUUUCAAUACCCUUUUUAACUUUAUAUAUGGUCUCUACAAUGACUGGUACUUUGGCCUGGUCUAUUGCAGGUUUCAAAACUUCUUUCCAAUUACUGCCAUGUUUUCAUCCAUUUACACCAUGGCUGUCAUUGCAGUGGAUAGGUACAUGGCCAUCAUCCACCCGCUGAAGCCCCGUCUCUCCUCCACCUCCACCAAAGGCAUUAUUGUUCUCAUCUGGAUAGUUGCUCUACUGCUGGCUUUUCCUCAGUGCUACUACAGCGUGACCCACUUUAACAACCCCAAUACAGUGUGCAGGGUGGACUGGCCUGACAACUUGGGGGGAACUCACCAAUUGAGUUACCAUUACUCACUGAUAGUGUUGAUCUACCUACUUCCUCUGCUGGUGAUGGUGGUGACUUACAGUCUGGUGGGCCGUUCGUUGUGGGGGGCACACAUCCCUGGAGAAGCCUCUGACCAUUAUCCCAAUCUGAUGACAUCCAAGCGAAAGGUUGUGAAGAUGAUGAUUGUUAUAGUGAUAACAUUUGCUUUGUGCUGGCUGCCCUAUCACAUUUAUUUCAUACUUGGCACAUUCAACAUAGACAUCUAUAGGAAGUGGUACAUCCAACAGGUGUAUCUUGCCAUUUUUUGGUUGGCCAUGAGUUCAACCAUGUACAAUCCUAUUAUAUAUUGUAGUCUAAAUCAGAGGUUUCGUGUUGGUUUUCGUCAUGCUUUUGCUUGGUGUCCCUUUGUCAGAUUGUCAGAGGAAGAUAAAAUGAAGAUUCAGCACAUGCGCUCUCUCAAAUUAACAAUGACACGCAGCCUCCAUCAGGAGUCGUCCAUUUAAAACUUUUUUCAUCAAGGGCCACAUAUCUAAACACAGACGAUGCAGAGGGCUGAUCGAGGGCCGUAGACUGAUGCUCACUACAGGGAAUAAUUGAAAUCUGUGCAUAUUUAACACGUUAGAAUGUGCCAUCAGUCUUUAUCCAUGCUAAGAUCCUUAAAACCACACACUAAAUAUUAAAUAUCGGCUUUAUCCAGGUAGAUUCUCAAAAAACUUGCAGUAAAAAAUUAUUUUUUAAUUGACGCAAGGUAAUUUGGGCCAAUUCACCUGGAAGUCUGAGUGCCAAGAAAAAUUUAUCUGAGGGCCGCAUUUGGCCCCCGGGCCAUAGUUUGGACAUGCCUGAUUUAAACCUUUAUCAAUGCAGAUACUGCAGACUAGAGUCGGUAUUACAAAUGAAGAAAAACAAUUGCACCAAGAUACAGAGCACCAAGAAAAGUUAAAAUGUGUAGCCUCAGUGGUUGGAACUUUUUUUGUGAGUGUGUGUGUUCCACCUAGACCUGUGAAUACUGUUGUUGUGUUCUUGGGCAAGAGAAUUAACCAAUUUUGUGAAUGAGAUGUGUGUGGGUGCUUGGUUAUGGUUGGAUACAAACUUUUUGUGAAGGCAAAAACUUAAAUGGUCUACAAACAGAAAUGUGGACUAAUGCUAUAAGAGUGGAAUAAUUCAUACUAUUAAGAUUUGUUUUUACUGCAGAAGCAAAUUAACUGACAUUAAAUUUUUUAAUGGCAUUUUAAAAGAUCUUAAGUUUGUUUUUAUCCAUGGAAGUAGU